AUUUGGAAUUUCAGCAGAUGUCACUAUUAGUUUUCGAAAAAUGUCAUAUUCUAUCUGAGAAAAAAAAAACGUCUAUUUAUUUAAAUAAAUAAAAUUUACUUCGAAUUUGACAGUUUUCUAUAAAAAUGUUGUCGAACUUGAAGAUUUUAAGCAGCAAACUUUUAUCUCGUAAUUCUACAAGAUUAUUACAAGUAUCAGCCGCACGAAAUCAUGAAAGUAUAUUCAAUCAUCGCGAUACACCUGAAAAUAAUCCGAAUAUUAAAUUCGAAUUCACCGAGGAUAAUAAAAAGCGGGCUGAAGCUAUAUUAGCCAUUUAUCCCGAAGGACAUAAACGAGCUGCUAUGAUACCUUUAUUAGAUUUAGCCCAACGUCAAUAUGGAUGGUUGCCAAUUAGCGCAAUGAACUACGUUGCCGACAUGCUUCAUCUUCCCCAUAUGAGAGUGUAUGAAGUAGCCACUUUUUAUACGAUGUUCAUGAGAAAUCCAACUGGUAAAUAUCAUAUUCAAGUAUGUACAACAACACCAUGCUGGCUUCGGGGAUCUGAUGAAGUUUUACAAAUCUUCGAGAAAGAACUAGGCUUACAUGUUGGUCAGACGAGUAAAGAUGGGAAAUUUACUAUAUCUGAAGUGGAAUGCUUAGGUGCCUGUGUUAACGCGCCAAUGGUUCAAAUCAACGAUGAUUAUUAUGAGGAUUUAAAGAAAGAAGAUUGUUUGGAAAUAAUUGCCUGUUUGAAAAAAGAUAAAUUACCACAGGCAGGUCCUCGAAGUGGACGAUUUGCGGCUGAACCUUUAGGAAAUCCUACAUCUUUAAUUGAAGAACCACCAGGCCCAGGUUUUGGUUUACAAGACGCUUUAAAAUAAUUUGUGAAUAAUUUAAGUUGUAUUUUUAAUACAUUAAA